AUGACGAUUGCGCGGCAAACUGGUUCUAUAAGUAUUGCUGUGGUGGAUGGCAUUCGUGGACUAACCCCAAAAAGCGAGAAUGCAGACUUCUCGACUGUACUGGCAACUAUUGUGACACCGAUGCCCAUUGUGGCGAUUCGCAGCUAUGUUGUCGCUCAAAUUGGUGCGUUUCUAAAGGUUGCUCCGGAUGCACCUCGAACUCGGACUGUAGUUCUGGUUAUGUGUGCUGUCGCAGGAAUGGUGUCUGCGCUUCGAGUUGUUUGGGAGAAUCUUGCAGCAACAAUGAUGACUGCGGUGGAACAUUUGAAUGUUGUCAUGGCGAUAACUGACUGCGGUGGUCCAAGUGAAAUUUGCAGCUCCAACAAAAGAUGUGCAUUUAAGCAGACACCUCCACCACCACCUCCACCACCUCCGCCACCACCUCCGCCGCCACCUACCCCAGCACCUACCCCAACACCUACCCUAACACCUACACCCCUAUCCCCAUCUACAUCCCCACCUACACCCCCAUCUAAACAUCCAACCAACCAACCAACACCCCCAUUAACAGCCACGGAGUCCAAUUCACGGAGCCACACAACCGCUACACAACUAAAUUCCUCACACCUACCAAAGGAGUCUGAACCUCUAAGCUCGUCGAAGUCAACACCAACACCAACAAGCUCCAAUCUGACAACCCUAUUAACCCCCACAGUGUCCAAUCCAACCCAAAGCAAUGGGGAACCAUGUAAUACAAACGCUGAUUGUAGUUAUCCUGCAGAGAUUUGCAACUCUAGAAAAAAGUGCGAAGCGAAGCGGGAAACCUUAUCAACAACCAUUAAAGUUAAGCCCUCAGCCCCACCAACAACCACAGAGUCCUACUCUUCAAUCCCACCAUCACCAACAACAACGAAGCCCAAUCAUUCAAACCAAUUAAAAACCAGCAGUUCUAGUUUCUCGAACCUGCAAACACUCACAAAGUCCUAUUCUUCAACACCACCAGCAAUCAGAUCAAGUCCGCCAACACAAACAGAGUCCAAAUGGGUAUCCUCACAAACACCAUCAGACCCUGAUACAACAUUCCAACCAGUUCCAAGCAGGCAUGAAACCUCUAAUCCACCAAAACGCACAGAGUCGAAUCCUUUACCUCAACAAACCCAAAGCAAUUCAAUCCCAUCAACUCAACCAAUGAACACAAAAUCCGAUCACUCAAAGGCAUCAAAACCCACCAAACCCAAAAGUUCAAUUCAUCCAACAACCAUUAGGUCUAAUCCCCCCUUUUCACAAACAUUAACAAAGUCUUCUCACUCAACUCUACCAGCAUCGAUCACUCACCAGUCCAAUCCCUUAUCCCUAGGAACACCCAAACAGUCUAAUCCCUCAUUCCAGCCAACACCAAGCAAGUGGUAUUCCUAUUCAUCCAAAUCAGCCAUCUCUGAGUUCAGUUUCCCAACCAAAUCAAUCCCCACAAAGCGUGAUCUCACAUUUACGGAAAAAGAAGCAGGCAGGAGGGACGAUGACGAAUCUCAGUCUUUCCCGGUGACUAGUGUGAUCGUUGUCGUUGUUGCAGUACUAACUGUUGUUGGCGUAUCCAUUGCCGUCUUCGCGUAUUAUAAAGGAAGAUUUCGCGGCGCAACACAUGAAAACAACGGCAAAGUGCGAUCAACCCCACAAAACAUCCCAAAUCCAUACACAACAAACGUAAAUCCACAAACUGCCACCGGGCAAUUUGGAACCAACUAUGCACCGCAAAAAGGGACGGGAAAUGGUAUCAAUCAGCAUGAAGACCACCACUACGAGAUUCCUGAUUUCACUCAUUACCCCUGCACUUAA